AUGAGCCCAGAAGAGGUUCUCCUCAAACUGCUCAAUUCUGGCGGGCUGAGCGAUCUCCAAUUCUCGUGCAAGGACGUCAAGGUCAAGGUCCACAAGGCUAUAGUCUGCAUCCAGUCCCCUGUCAUCCGCACGGCCCUCCAAGGCAACUUCAAGGAAGCUGCGAGUCGAGUCAUCGAUAUGGACAGCUUUGACCCUGACGUUGUCCGGCGCUUCACCGAGUUUCUGUACACCGGAGACUAUGAAGAGUUCCCAGCGCCUGACACGCCCAAGGCUGGCCCGGCUGCAGCGACCACCAAACCGGAGGGAGAUGGAGAGGACCAAGACAAGGAUAGCGCCAAUGAGAUCUCCUCCAGCAACGAGUCUGUUGCGAGCGGCGACUCGUCCGACGCCGAACACAUUGUCUCGCGGCACCUGCUCAUGAACUCGAUCGGCGACUACUACGCCGUCCAGGACCUGGUCGACCUCGCCAACGCCAAGACGCAGAGCCUGCUGUCCAACUCGGUCUUCUCGGUGAGCGCCCUGCUCUCGCUGGGCGAGACGGCGGUCAAGGUCACCGGAGACAAGGACGUCCUGGACAUCAUCGCCAAGGCCACGGGCCGCGUCCUGGCCCUCGCCGGCGACGCCGAGAGCGAAGUGGACAUCGACGCCGACCCCGAGAUCGACAUCAUGGCCCGCCACGAGGACCUCCUCUCGUACUUUGGCCUCCGCCUCCUCGCCUCCUGCCGCCGCGAGUACCGGAUCCGCAAGGACAGCACUGAUCACGAGCAGUGGGAGGAUCGAAGGGCGAUCCAGCAAUACGAAAACAGGAUCGCUAUGCACGACCGGGCUGUCAUGAACCUCCUGAACGCCAAGCAGUGCCGGAACCAGGGCUGCGACCCGCCGUACUCGUUCAUGAUCCACCCGCAGAAGGGCGAGGUCAUCUGCCGACGCUGCCGAUGGGUCUUUGAUCUCUGUUGUUAG